UAAUUCAUGACAGCUAGUAUCAGUAUAUAUAUAUAUAUAUAUAUAUUUGUAAGUAUAUUGGGGUUUUCGAUGAAGAAUUUUUGAAACAUUGAUCAGAAAAGAAAUAUGUUAUCUGAAUCAGAUUCUCCAAACACCAAUUCUACAAUUGUAGCUGCUAUAUCUUGCGCUGUUGCUGAUGAUAAUGCUCUUCUCAACUCAUCUUCAUCACCUCUGAAGCCCCCUUCAGACGACGAUUUCUUCUCCUCCGCCUCUUUCGCCUCUUCCUCCUCCUCCGACGAUGUUCACGCCGACAAGCCUUCGUCGCCGUCGCCGCCACCCGCUCUUGAUCGGCCUCAGAUCCCUAUAUCAUGGCCUUCGGACGGCAAUCUAACCCUAGAUUGGGUCAUGGACCUCAUCGCAGCCUUUGAUUGGUCCUCCAAGAAUCUGCCUCCGCAGGAUUUGCCUUCGGUGUUGCCGGUACAGGUGUUUGACAGUCUCAUACUCUCCGCUUCCAAGAUCCUCCACAAGGAGCCAAAUUGCGUCAGGAUCGACGAGAUUGGUUCCGAUUCGAGCGUCGUGGUCGUCGGAGACGUUCACGGCCAAUUGCACGACGUCCUAUUUCUUCUGCGCGAUGCUGGUUUCCCAGCGGAUGAUCGGUUCUUUGUGUUUAAUGGCGAUUAUGUUGAUAGAGGUGCAUGGGGUCUUGAGACUUUCCUUCUCUUGUUGGCUUGGAAGGUUUUUAUGCCUCAUAGGGUAUAUCUUCUUCGUGGAAAUCACGAAUCAAAGUACUGUACUUCAGUUUAUGGGUUUGAAAAGGAAGUCCUGACCAAGUAUGGGGAUAGAGGAAAACAUGUCUACCGGAAAUGUUUAGGAUGUUUUGAAGGACUUCCACUGGCUUCCAUAAUUGCUGGGCGUGUUUACACUGCUCACGGAGGCGUUUUCCGCUGUGUGUCCAUUACCCCAUCCAAAAGAGCUAAGGGGAAGAAGAAUCGUAAAAUAAUUCUCAACCCUGAAAUGAAUUCCUUAUCUCUUGGUUCUUUGGAGGAGUUAUCAAAAGCUAGGAGAUCUGUCCUUGAUCCUCCUUGGGAAGGUUCAAACUUGAUUCCUGGUGAUGUGCUUUGGUCAGACCCGUCAAUGACCCCUGGUCUUUCUCCAAAUAAAGAGAGAGGUAUUGGUCUUUUAUGGGGUCCUGACUGUACAGAAGAAUUUCUAAAGAACUUCAAUUUAAAGUUAAUUAUUAGAUCACAUGAAGGUCCUGAUGCGAGGGAAAAGCGCUCUGGUCUAGGAGGAAUGGAUGAAGGGUACACUAUAGACCAUGUUGUAGAGUCUGGGAAACUGAUUACUUUGUUCAGUGCUCCAGACUAUCCGCAGUUUCAGGCAACAGAUGAUAGGUACAAAAAUAAAGGAGCAUACAUUGUGCUGGAACCUCCUGAUUUUGAUACUCCUGUGUUCCAUAGUUUUGAAGCAGUCACUCCAAGACCAAAGGCAAAUCCCUUUUAUGACUAUGAGGAUGUGAUUGAUUCCGAUGAAGAAUUGGACUUGGCAUCAAUGGUAACGGCUUCCUAAAAGUGUUUUUUUGAACAUGCAGUUAGUAUUAUUUAAAAAUCUUGUACAUUUCUUUGCUGUGUGUUUAUUAUAUAUUAAGGCAGGAGUUUUAUUCCCCAGCCUGCUGUCCCUUUCAAAUGUAGAAUUAUUUUGUAUUGAGCUUUUCAUACAGGGCAGCAUAUGCUGAAUAUGUAAAAUCAUUUUUUAUUAUAUUCAUAAAUUAUUGUUUUUGUCA